AUGUUCCGGAACGCUCUCCGACAGAGCACCCGCGCUGUCGGCGCCCUCUCUGCCACCAGCAGAAUCGCCGUCGCUCGAAGCGCCGCCCCCGCCGUUGCCUCCGUGCAAGCACGCACCUACGCCGAUGCCAAGGCUACUCCCACCGAGGUCUCCUCCAUCCUCGAGCAGCGUAUCCGCGGUGUCCAGGAGGAGGCUGGUCUCGCCGAGACUGGUCGCGUUCUGUCUGUCGGUGAUGGUAUCGCCCGUGUGCACGGUCUGGCCAACGUCCAGGCCGAGGAGCUGGUCGAGUUCGCCUCUGGCGUCAAGGGCAUGUGCAUGAACCUCGAGGCUGGCCAAGUCGGUGUUGUGCUCUUCGGUUCCGAUCGUCUCGUCAAGGAGGGUGAGACCGUCAAGCGUACCGGCGAAAUUGUCGAUGUCCCCGUCGGCCCGGAGCUGCUCGGCCGUGUCGUCGACGCCCUCGGUAACCCCAUCGACGGCAAGGGACCCCUCAACACCAAGGAGCGAUCCCGUGCCCAGGUCAAGGCCCCUGGCAUUCUGCCCCGUCGCUCUGUCAACCAGCCCGUACAGACCGGUCUCAAGUCCAUCGACGCUAUGGUUCCCAUCGGCCGUGGCCAGCGUGAGCUGAUUAUUGGUGAUCGUCAAACCGGAAAGACUGCCGUCGCUCUGGAUGCCAUCCUCAACCAGAAGAGGUGGAACAACACCUCCGACGAGACCAAGAAGCUGUACUGCAUCUACGUUGCCGUCGGCCAGAAGCGAUCCACUGUUGCUCAGCUUGUCAAGACCCUGGAGGAGAACGACGCCAUGAAGUACUCCGUCAUCGUUGCUGCCACUGCCUCCGAGGCUGCUCCUCUGCAAUUCUUGGCUCCUUUCACCGGUGCGUCCAUUGGUGAGUGGUUCCGUGACAACGGCCGCCACGCCCUGCUCGUCCUCGACGAUCUGUCCAAGCAGGCCGUUGCCUACCGUCAAAUGUCUCUGCUGCUCCGUCGUCCCCCCGGACGUGAGGCUUACCCCGGUGACGUCUUCUACCUGCACUCUCGUCUGCUCGAGCGUGCCGCCAAGAUGAACGACAAGCACGGUGGUGGCUCCCUGACUGCCCUGCCCGUCAUUGAGACCCAGGGUGGUGACGUGUCUGCCUACAUUCCCACCAACGUCAUUUCCAUCACCGACGGACAGAUCUUCUUGGAGGCUGAGCUGUUCUACAAGGGUGUCCGACCUGCCAUCAACGUCGGUCUGUCCGUGUCUCGUGUCGGUUCCGCUGCCCAGCUCAAGGCCAUGAAGCAAGUCGCCGGUUCCCUGAAGCUCUUCUUGGCCCAGUACCGUGAGGUCGCUGCCUUCGCCCAGUUCGGUUCCGAUCUGGAUGCCGCCACCAAGCAGACCCUGAACCGUGGUGAGCGUUUGACCGAGCUCCUGAAGCAGAAGCAGUACUCUCCCAUGGCCGUCAACGAGAUGGUUCCCCUUAUCUUCGCUGGUGUCAACGGCCACCUCGACUCCGUCCCCGUCGACAAGAUUCUCCAGUGGGAGGCUGACUUCCUGUCCCACCUGAAGACCAACGAGUCCGACCUGCUUGCCACCAUUGACAAGGAGGGCGCCCUCUCCAAGGAGCUUGAGGGCCGUCUCAAGGAUGUCAUCGUCAGCUUCACCAAGAGCUUCGUGGCUUAA